ACUGAGUAUUUGUAUUCAUUAUACUGUUGUUCGUCAAGAAGAAAGAAAGAUGAAAUUCCUCGUAGCAGCUUUCUUUGUCAUCGCUUUGGCCUCUGUUCAAGGUACCCCUGCUGCCAGACAUAAUAUCAAGCAAUAUUCAGAGGAUUGCAUGGAAAGCACCGGAGUUGAUCACGAAAUUGUUGCAAAUGCCCGUAAAGGUGAGUUCGUCGAGGAUGAGAAGUUGAUUAAGUAUUGCACCUGCGUGUACAAAAAGAUGAACAUUAUUAACGAUGGUGGCCAUCUUCAUGAGGAAACUUUGGUCGAGUAUUCACCAGAGAAUAUCGAAAAGGAAGAAGCAUCAAAAAUCGUCAAGAAAUGCAUUGAGGAAGCUCAUGGUGAAAGCUACGAAAAGAAGUCUUUCAUCUUUUACAGAUGUUACGUCCAUGCUGCCGGCAAGCCAGUCCAUGUUUUCAAGAAUUAAAUAUAAUAAAUAAAUAUAUUUGAAUCAAU